ACCACGAAUUUAGUACAAAAUAUCCUACCAAUAAUUUUUUCCAUAUAAAUCUCCAAUAGAAUUUCACAACCCUUUGUUAGAGAAAAGAUAAGAAGAGCACAUCUUCUCUACAUAGGGCGAUUUAUAUUCUUGGCGUCCAUGCGGCAUUCUCCCACAUUCACUGUUGAGAACCGGAGUCCGGAACGGGAGGAAAGAAAAGCAAAGAAGAAAAGUGAGAGAGAGCAAAAGGAAAGGAAAUGGCAGAAAAAGCGGCUAUGGUAUGACGUCAGCAGCAUCCAGAUCUUGCAGCCAACAGAAGCUUCCCCUUUUCCUCGCUCUUCCCAUUUUCUUACCCGCAAAAUUCUCUCUCUCUCUCUCUCUGAUAAAGCAAAAGAUAAUAAAAGAAAAAAUUCCUCCUUUUCCCUUCUUCUCAUUUUCCUGGGAACCAAACAAAUCCCCAAAGAGGAAAAGCAAAACCCCAAAAACAAAAAAAUCGAAAAUCAAGAAUGAAUUUGGAGAAAGAAGAACAACAGCAAGAGGCGCGGAAAGUAAGAGCAACUAGCGAAUCACAAUGAAUGCCGACUCUCACCAUCUUCGCAUUCAUCCCUACUACUGUUUCCUCCUCUUUCUGAUUUCGUCUCUGCUCAAUUCCGCUUCCGCCGCCGACGCCAUCCCCGCUGUCGGCAGUGAAAUCCCCCGUAGAAUUCUCCAUCAGCCAUUGUUCCCGGCCACUUCAGCACCACCGCCAUCCUCCGUCGCCGACGAUUCACCUCCCUCCCUACCCCCACCGGCCGACUCCUCCACUUCCCCGGACGAGCCCUUCUUCCCCGAAGUCCCAGCCCCACCUUCCCAGGAUCCAACCCAAGCCCCGCCGGCGAGCUCCUCCGCCAAUGCCACCGUUCCAAUCCCCACGGCCACGCAGGCCCAACCCGCCAAGCCCGUCAAGAAAGUGGCGAUUGCCUUCUCCGUCGGGAUCGUCACUCUCGGGAUGCUCUCCGCGCUCGCAUUCUUCCUCUACCGCCACCGGGUCAAGCACCCGCCCAGAAGAGACUCCGACAAGCUCGUCGUCGGGCUCGGGGAUGAGAAUUCCCGGCGAUUCCCCGAUCCUCCUCCGCCGCCGCCUUCCAAUUUUUUGUAUAUAGGGACGGUUGAGCCGAGCAGGAGCUCCAGCUCUGAAUUGACGUCGACUAACACCAACAACUCGUCUCCGUACCAUAAGCUCAACUCUAUCAAGAGAUCUGAUCGGUAUCGACCUAGUCCUGAGUUGCAGCCGCUGCCGCCAUUGCCGAAACCUCCUUCCGCCGCAGCUGCUUCUUCGAAUCUCCAUCCUCGUCUUCCUCCUCGUCCAGUCUCUACUGCUGCUGCUCCGAGGCCAGAUUACGAGAGCUCCGGAUCUCCGACUUCAUCAUCGUCUGGUGAAGAGAGCAACAAUGGCACGCCGUUCUACACGCCGGCCGGCUCCGCCGUGAGCUACGACGACGGGUUCUACACUCCGGUUUCGGGCUCUACGCGACGGCAUUACUCUAGAAGCAACGAUGGCAGCUCGUUGAGGUCAGUCAAUGGAAGUAAUAAUGGUUCCUCUGUAUCUGUUCCUCACUCGAAGAGAACUUCCCCCAAAUCGAGGCUUUCUUCCUCUGUUUCUUCUCCGGAAAUGAAGCAUGUGAUUAUUCCUUCAAUUAAGAAGCCCUCAUCGGAGCCUCCGCCUCGACGGCCGCCGCCGCCGCAAGAGAGUGGAGCUCAGCACAACGAGCAGUCGUAUCACUCGAAAAAACCGAAAUUCUCGGGGCCACCGCCGCCGCCGAAUAUGGCACUCCUUCGAUCGCUAAACGACUACCCGCCCAGCAAAACCACCGCUCCACCACCUCCUCCGCCACCGCCUCCUCCUCCACCACCAGGUACAAUUCCGAUUCCGAGAAAGGUAAGAGAAUCUCUAUCGCAAGAGAAAUCAAGCGUUUCCUCCACAAAGACGCAGCCGUGGACACCGAGUCUCAAGGCGAGUUCGAAAAUCGACUCGUCGAAUUCGACAGAGCAGAGUAGCAGAAGCGGCGGUGGUGGGGGGUCGGCCUCUGGAGGAAUUGAGGAGGACGAGAAUUAUGAUGGUUCAAAGCCCAAGCUGAAGCCUCUCCAUUGGGACAAAGUACGGGCAACCUCAGAUCGUGCCACAGUGUGGGACCAGCUGAAAUCCAGUUCGUUCCAAUUAAACGAGGACAUGAUGGAGAGCCUCUUUGGUUUCAACUCCACCAAUUCUGCUCAUAAAGAGCACGCAAGGAAACCAGUUCUGCCACAAGUUGAACAGGAAAUUAGAGUUUUGGAUCCAAAGAAGUCACAGAACAUAGCUAUACUUUUGAGAGCAUUGAAUGUGACGAAAGAUGAAGUUUCUGAAGCUCUUCUGGAUGGUAAUCCAGAAGGCUUGGGUGCUGAACUUCUGGAAACUCUGGUGAAGAUGGCUCCAACAAAGGAAGAAGAAAUAAAACUUAGGGAGUACAGUGGUGAUAUCUCUAAACUAGGCUCUGCAGAAAGAUUCCUGAAGGCUAUUUUAGAUAUCCCAUUCGCUUUCAGAAGAGUUGAUGCUAUGCUAUACCGAGCCAAUUUCGACACUGAAGUUGCAUACCUCAAAAGAUCUUUCCAAACCCUGGAGGUAGCAAGUGAAGAAUUGAAAAACAGCCGGUUAUUCCUCAAGCUCCUCGAAGCUGUUCUCAGGACAGGCAACCGCAUGAAUGUUGGCACAAACCGUGGCGAUGCCAAAUCGUUUAAGCUCGACACGCUAUUAAAACUUGUAGAUAUCAAGGGAACUGAUGGUAAGACGACAUUGCUCCACUUUGUAGUUCAGGAAAUCAUUAGGUCAGAAGGCACUUCAGGUUCUGGUCAAGAAGAAGAGAACAAACUAUCGAAGAUGAAGGAUGAGGACUUCAGGAAGCAGGGAUUGCUGGUUGUAUCUGGAUUGGGUAGGGACCUCGGCAACGUGAAAAAGGCAGCAGGAAUGGACUCUGAUGUUCUAAGCAGCUACGUGACGAAGCUCGAGAAGGGACUCGAAAAAGUGAGGUCGGUUUUCCAGUACGAGAGACCGGAUAAUACCAUGCAGGGCAAGUUCUUCCAGUCGACGAAGCAGUUCAUGAGAGAUGCAGAUGAGGUCAUUGCAACGAUCAAAGGCAGCGAAAGGAAAGCUCUGCUGCUGGUGAAAGAGGUGACGGCGUACUUCCAUGGAGAUACGGCAAAGGAGGAAGCCCACCCAUUUAGAAUUUUCAUGAUCGUGAGGGACUUCUUGAACAUACUUGAUCAUGUGUGCAAGGAAGUAGGGCAGAUGCAGCAGGAUAGGACGGUGGUGGGUUCAGCUCGGUCGUUCAGGAUAGCUGCAACGGCUUCGUUACCGGUUUUGAACAGGUAUAAUGUGAGACAAGAUACAAGCUCGGAUGACGAACACAGUUCUUCUCCUUGAUUGAUAGAGUGUGCAGAGAGUAUUUGGUUCAUUUUUCUUUAAUCUUUGGAAUUCAAGUAACCGGAUGAAUAUAGUGCUUUGUUUUCAUUUCUAAUCACAAUCAUCAACGUUGAGGAGUAGUAGAAUGAAAGGGGUGACCGGAGGUGGUGAAUAGAUAACCGGGGCUGCUGCUGCCACUCCGAGCUCGCGCUGAAAGAUGCCAUAGAUAAGAUUAGACGUGUGUUUAAUAGAUGAGGGUUAAAUACAAUUUCAGGGACAGAGUGCUUUGUUAUCCCACAUGCUGUUGCUGCAUUUUUUUAUACUUGUUACUAAUAAAUCAUAGCUAGUUUAGCUAGCAGCCUUCCACUGGUUCAAUGUUUUUGUUAUCUGGGAGUGAGACUGUGAGCAAUCUGCUACAGUAGGA